AUGACUUCGCAACAAUACCACUUGAAUGAGUCGGCCGAAGAGGCAUGGCACACUGACAGCCGUGUCAAUCCAUCAACGCCGGAAAGCGACAUCGAGGGAGACGAUUCAACAGAUGUGGCGCUUCAACGCGCACAUGAAGACGAGCAAGCUCUCGAUGGCUUUAUCCAAGCACAUCCACUGUCAACCGCCGCUUCUCCACCCAAGACAUCCGAUUACCAUCUGCCUUGCCCAGUCGUGAUACCCCAGCGGCGGCCGGGUAACAAGUGUAGGGGGUUUGUCGAGGCAUACGCUCCAGCGCUGGAACAGUUUGGCAUUCAGCAAGACGAGUUUAUCAGCUUCGUCAAGGCUACCAACAAAGCUGUCCGGGCAUCCAAAUGGCUGAGCGCGAUUCAGCUAGCAGCCAUGGGCACGUCCUUUGUGCCAAAUUCCAUCGCCAUGGGGGCGUCGGUGGCGGUGCAGGUAGUAGCCGGUGUAAUGGCAAAGGCGGAGACAAGGUGGAAGACGAACUCAUUCCUAGAUCGGGUCAACGAGGACUACUUCCGGCCUCGAGGCCUCUACUGCUUGCUGAUGGCGUACAAACCUGUUACCUUAGGCGAAAAGACGCAGUUUGAUGUUCGUGAAGCUAUGUCCAGGGCCCGACCCUCGUCUUCGACGUCCUUGUCGACGCAGGAGCAGGGUUUCCCAGCGCAUGCUCGGAAGAACCUGCGGAACCCGAUAGCUGGCACGGUUAAGGGAGAGGAAAGCCUCCCGUCGAAUGUUGCUCCCUUGGUCUAUCCUAGCGCAUCGACCGCUUCACAAGAAAGUCGCAACUCAGCAAAGGAGCGAAACACAAUUACACGAAUAACUAAGUACCUCGAUGAUCGAGCUCAAGCUCGAUACGCCAAGGAAAGCACCGGAGACGUCCUCUCGCAACCCUCCCCACCAUCGUUCAAGAAUCGAUACCUAGACCCAAACCAUCCGGCGACCAACGGCGGCUUGCUUGGUCUCCUCUCGGGGGGUCAUUUGACGCCCAAUGCCGAAAAGGUCAAUCAGCGUAUGCAGUCGCCCCUCCACGCUCAGAUCCAAGCGAUCCAGGAACAGCAAUCGGCUACGAUGGAUAUUUUGCGUCAGCAGCUGACGCUAAUGGAUCUUCCCCCCGAACAGGAACAGGCAGUCAUUAAGCAGUACAAGGAUGUCUUUCAGGUCCAAGAGCAGCAUGUGAGUCAGCAAGCAGAGCUAGUCAACACUGGAACAGGCCAGGUGCGCACUAUAUGGGUACGUCUCAUCCGGGCCUUUCUCAUAUUCACCCGAUACAGACUGAUAGUUUACUUCAGAAUGUUUUAUAUCUUAUGA